AUGACUCGUGCAACACGUAACCAAGCAAUGGUGGAGGAACAGGCCGGCCGCCGUGCGACAAGGAGGACGUCUCAACAGAUAGAUAGGGAGAGCGGUGGGGGCGCUAAAAAAACUAAUGUGUCCGUCGCGCCAGGCAUUGGGCAGAAAAAAGCGGCGCCAAAAAAGGUCGAGCGCGGUCAAGAGGAGUCCGGCAAGAAAGCGGAAGACAAGGGGCCUAAACCAAAGCCACGCAAGCGUGUUUCUACAGUGCGCAAAGAAGCGGAUGUUGCCUCUGCUGGAACCGAGCCAGGUCCGAGUAACGACGGCACCACUGGCGGCAACAAAGAUACGGGGCGAGGGAGCGCGAGUCUUGCAGCCCCGUCGGCGGAGAUAGAGGGAUUGGCGACAGGGGGAAACCACGGAGGCGAUCCCCGCGCCGAGCAUGCCGCAACCAAGGAGUCCGAGGCGGCGGCAUCGCAACACCAUCUGACGCUGCUCCAUCCGACCGUGGUCGAAGUUUCUGCAGCAGUGCUGGAUAAGGACAAGGUGGGGGAGCACGAGUCGGAGGGGCAGGCCGGUGGCUCUCCUCCUUCUGGUGGACAGGAGAGGCGUAGGCAGAGGAGGAGCGAUGGGGAGGACGAUUAUGACACCGCCGUGCCCGGGGACCUCACCACGCGGGCGAAGAGGCGACAGACGACAGGCAGUGCUAACGACGCCGGAGGCGCGGAAGUUGGGACAACGCGAGGCGCCAAGGAAGCUAGUGGCAAGGCGGGCGAUCAAGCAUUGCGCCAGAAGGGCCGACCCGCAGCAAGAAAAACAUCAGGCGGAAGGAGAGGCAAGAAAGCAGUGACGGGGACGAGGCAGAAACGGGGCGAUGAACACCCUGGUGAUGCAGAGGAGGAGGAGGAUGAGGAGGAGGAUGCGGAGGAAGAGGAGGAUGAAGAGGAUGCGGAGGAGGAUGACGCGGAUGUUGGGGAGGAUGAAAAAGAUGAGAAUGAUGGCGGGGAGGAUGAAGAGGAGGAUGAGGAGGAGGAGGAGGAGGAGGAGGAGGAGGAGGAGGAGGAGGAGGAGGAGGAGGAGGAGGAGGAGGAGGAGGAUGAGGAGGAGGAGGAGGAGGAGGAACAGGGUGACGACGAGGAGGAGGAUGAGGAGGAGGAGGAGGCAGCAGAGGAGGAGGAGGAGAAGGAGGAGGAGGAGGAGGAGGAGGAGGAGGAGGAGGAGGAGGAGGAGGAAGAGGAGGCAGUUGACGUGGGGCAGUUGACGCCGCACGUGGCGAAGCAGCGUGCAAACAGAAGGCGCGUAAGGGCGGUCUCUCCCCUCGCCGGUCCAUCGCACGGGCAUCAGGCAGGCACUUAUACCAAUCCCUUCCCUGAGCUCCCCUUUUCCCGCCAGCGUGAUAGUGUGAGGGCACACGGGACUGCUGCAGAAGAUGCUGAUCCCCUUGGCCAGAUGGGGGAUUCUUCACACCCUUUUCAUCCGCUCAUGGGUGCCCUAGGUGAAAGUGCGGAGCACGAGCAGUUUGUUACACGGGAGGAGUUCCAGGCGCUGCGGUCUGAGAUGUACGCCAUGUUUGCACAGCUCGGCCUGCGUCGUGGAGUACCUGCCAGCUAUGCCGGCGGGUCGGCACCCCUGCCUAUGGCUGGUACCCCGCCGCCGAUGAGCGCCGUGGACAAGGCACGAGUGCUAGUGUUGCAGGAGACAAACCCAUUCCCGGUAUGUGGUGGGCCAAAUGGGGCGGGUUGGGGUUGA